AUGGCAAGCGCCAUAAGAAAUGGUCGCGGUGCAUGUGCGUAUGCCCUGGUUAUGCUUGUAUUCGCUGCAUCGCCGCGAGCCAUGGUGCACGGACAAGCUAUAGUGACGAUUUCGCAGCCGCCGCCUAGCGACUGCCCCUAUCCUUGUCUCCCGCCUCCAACGACGCCCACAAUGUACCCGCAGCCGCUGCCGCCAUCUCUGCCGGCUCCGCCGCCGCCGCCACCUACUGAGGUCUACCCGCCGCCUUCCAUGGUCUAUCCAGCACCGCCUGGCGGGUACUUUCCGUACUAUUUUCCGCCGCCGUGGUACCUGGGCAAUGCACCUCCCCCUCCUGAUCCCAUGUUGCCUUACUAUCCAUGGUACUACAAGCACCCUCUGGUGCCAAACUCUUCGUCGGAAAUGCGCCGCACGCGAUCCUGGGUCGUGGUUCUCUCUCUUCUGCUGAUGAUCGUGAGCUUAGCUCUCUUCGGGAUGCCCAGAAAGUAA